AUGUCUGAAGAGGAGAUUAACAGAAAGAAAAGAAAAAAGGUCUACUCUGCUCCAUCUGUCAAUGUUGAUUAUUCGUUGAUUGAGCAAGUUAACCUGAUCACUGCCAAUAAGACUCCAGAUAUUAAAUUAUUAUCACCAUUUAUUGAAUCAGGCAGUUUAGUCAAGUUGUUGUCUAUUUGGUCCUAUUAUUCAUCUACCAACGAUUUAAGUCAUUUAAUUGAUAUUUCAAGUAAAAUUUCCCAAAUAACUAGACAAAUUAAUGAACUCCGUGAUGAGUUGUUACAAUUCAAACAAAUCAUUAUAGAUACUUACAAAGAUAUAUUAAACAAGCAUGAAAAAAUUAUAUAUCGUGCAUUAAAUAACAUGAAACCUGCAUAA